UUGAAUGUGUCAUUACGAGCAUGACGCUAACCGUGACGCUAACCGACUGCUGCAUUAGCUAGAAACAAUAAUGGCCUUAUCGUAGUAAAACACUGCUUGUAUCGUCUUUUUAUGUCGUCGACAUUCAAAGAAGUCAACAGACCGGAUCAUGUAAGCUCUUAACUUGACAUAUUUGUCCGUUUCAGAGGAGCUUUGUGACGUUUCUUCACCGGCGUUAGCUCGGUAACGGUUGGCUAGCUAACUGACGUUUAAACGGUUGGGCAGCGAGAAGCGAUGACGCUCCGGAGGAUCCACCGAUAUCCUCGGACAUGUCCACUUCUUCUGCUCUCCAUCUUUCUGCUGGUUGUGAGUGAGCAGCUGGUGAGAGCAGCGUCUGAAUAUGACCCCUAUAAGAUCCUGGGUGUCAGCAGGAGCGCGAGUCAAGCAGAAGUCAAACGGGCGUACAAGAACCUGGCCAAGGAAUGGCAUCCAGACAAGAACAAGGACCCUAAAGCUGAGGACAUGUUCAUCAAGGUUUCCAAGUCAUAUGAGAUUCUGUCUAAUGAGGAGCGAAGGUCCAACUUUGACCGCUAUGGGCAGAUGGAUGAAAACCAGCCCUUCGGACAGUCACAGCAUCAAGGUUUCCGCGGCUUCCACAACAGCUUCUACUUUGAUGAGUCCUUUUUCCAUUUCCCCAGGUCCAGGGACUUUGCAGACAGCAAGUACCUGCUUCACCAUGCUCAGUUUAACAGCGACGUCCUUCCAGACAGCCACAAGAGGCCGUACCUGAUCAAAGUGACCUCUGAGUGGUGCUUUGCAUGCAUCCACAUUGAGCCUGUGUGGAAGGAGGUGGUGCAGGAGCUGGAGCCACUGGGUGUGGGCAUUGGCAUCGUGGACCUGGGUUAUGAGCGUCGCCUGGCCAACCAGCUGGGAGCUCACCGCGCUCCCUCCAUCAUCGGCUUGGUGAACGGCAGGGUGACCUUCUUCCAUCAGGCCGUGGUACGGGAGCACCUGCGACACUUCAUCGAAGACCUGCUGCCCCAGAAACUGGUGGAAAAGAUCACAGAUAACAACUACCUGGCUUUUCUGGAUAGCUGGCAUGUGGAAAAUAAGCCCAGUGUUCUCUUGUUUGACCAAGUCCCUGUUGUUCCCCUCCUCUAUAAAUUAACAGCGUUUGCCUUCAGAGACUAUGUGCGUUUUGGCUACGUGGACCAGGGUGACACACACAACACUCGGCUCCUGCGGCAGUUCAACAUAAACACAUACGCCCCCACCAUGCUGCUGUUUAAGGAGGAUACGGAAAAGCCUGUUGACAUCAUCCAGGCCAGAGGGAUGAAGCGACAGAUCAUGGAUGAGUUUGUCUCCAACAACAAGUUCCUGCAGGUCCCACGGCUGGUCAACCAGCAGCUUUUUGAUGAGCUGUGCCCCGUCAAGCAGUUCCACCGACGGAGGAAGUACUGUGUGCUGCUGAUCACAGCGGAGGACCAAGCCUUUCUUCCAGGCAAUAAGGCCUUCCUGGACUUUGCAUCAGUAAACAGAAAAGACGUGCUGCGGUUUGCGUACGUCUACCAGCGUCAGCAGCAGCCGCUCUGUCAGGCACUGCUUCCUAAUCAAGGUGCACUCUCACCUCAGGUGGUGAUUCUCGAGAGGCGGAGCCACGCUGGUAAGGUCAUAUACCGCUCUGUGAGUGGUGGCUGGAACGGCAGUGAGGAAGAUAAAUACCGCCUCCACGAACAGCUGGAGCUCCUUCAGAAAGACCCCACCUAUCUGAGCUCAGACGCCACGCUGCCAGAACUCAACAACGAGAUGGCCCCCAUGUUUAUUAUUCAGUGGAUGAAUGCUGCCUAUGAUUACAUCCUUCAAAUAUAUGAUGACCUUCUCUACUCAAACUGGCGAGAGAUGAUGCCCAUCCUGUCAUUGAUCUUCUCGGCUCUCUUCAUUCUUUUUGGCACCGUCAUCAUUCAGGCCUUCAGUGAGCCAGGUGAGAGCAAACCCCGGAAACCAAAGCCAAAGGAGCAAUCACAAACUGAGGAAGAUGCAUCAAGUAGAGCUGGCACUUCAAGCCGUCCUCCUAAGAAGGACUUUGUGGAGGUGACAGAGCUGACCGACAUCACGUACAUCAGUAACCUGGUCAAGCUGAGGCCUGGCCACAUCAACGUUGUACUGGUGCUCACCAACGCCUCUAAGAAUGCCCUGCUCAGGAAAUUUGCCAAGGAGGUUUUUUCUUUCUCUGGGACUCAGACCCUCCACUUCUCCUUCCUCAACGCUGAUAAGCACCGCCACUGGAUGCCGUCGCUCCUUCGCUCGACUUCCGACGCCAUGCAGAGCGAGGGCCAUUCGGACGAGGACGAGGAGUCUCCGGACUACACCGGCCACGUCCUGGCCCUCAACGGCCACAAGAAAUACUUUUGCCUCUUCAGACCCGUCUUCACGGGGGACGAUCCCAACGACUCCUCGUCCGACACCUCUUUCUCCUCGGACAGCAGGAGAAAGUCCCGGUCCAGGUCCAGGUCCAGCUCCCACUCUCGCUCCAGGUCCCAUUCCAGGGAGGACGGGGCCGGACCCAAGAGGGGCUCCAGCAGGGCCACCAGCAUAGAAGUCCACCACAAGCUCGACAGGCUGGGACUGUGGAUGGAGAGGCUAAUGGAGGGCACUUUAGCCAGAUUACAAGUCCCUGCGUGGCCCUCUCUUGGUGAAACCACCGGCUCCUCCACAGAGAGCUGAGGUGAAAGUAAGAAAGGUCAGAUGAUAGUGGAUUCAUUGUGGUCUUGCCUCCUUAUUAAGUUCUUUAGCAGGAAAACUGCAGAACAGUGUUGCAGUUUUCAAAUCAUUAUUUAAGUUCUCAUUCGCAAGAGGAAGGUGUGACCUGUUCACAGAAUGUUUUAUUUUAUCUGUUAGAUAGGUGUGAAGCAGACGGCUCAGAGUAGCGUGCUUCCACAAACCUUUUAAAAGGCGCAUAUUGAGGCAAAGGUAAAGUCUGCGCUGCAUGAUGCCGCUUCACGUCUUCUGUACAGAGACAGAAGGAAGAAAAAGGAGAGACUCUAUAUACAUACACAGUCAAUCUUCACACACAUACACAGGUGGUGUUGAAAGUGUCCCUGUUUAUCGGCCAAUAAGCAUCAUGCUACAGGCGCUAGCUAUAGCUAACUGUGUGCUCAUGUACUGUAUGUGUGUGAGUUAAAGAUUAACUCCAGGUAUUUGUGUUGUUUUCCUCUCUUUUUAACUCUAGUCUCAGUGCAUUCAUUAGGUGAAAUCUUACAGCUCGGAAUAAGUGCAAUUGUUUUGCUCUACUCACCAAGAGCCUCUAAAAUUUACUUCGAGCCUGAAAACAUCUCAUC